AUGCCGUAUGGGACGACAUGCGAAGCCCGGCGCCGACCUGGGAGUGGCACGACUGCGAAUGGGGUUACGCCGAACGAGGAAGAUGCAGCGCGGUACCCGGUAUCGAAGUACAGAUUGGAGAAUGACCGCCAGCUGCCGCUGUUGCCGGGGUUGCUAGAGUUGACAAUCUCCUUCAACGAGGCUGGUCUUAAAUCCGGUGGCGGCUGUCCACGAGCGAUGCCCAGCGCAGUCUUCGGGAUCGACCAGACCGCUCCCGACUCGAUUGCUAGAAAUCGACAGGCCAUGCUUCGACGAGAUACGGAUGGUAGAGACCGCAGCAACACCGGGAGCCAGCAUCCAAUAUGCGACUUUGAGCCAUUGCUGGGGCCGGUUCCACGGCUUGAGGCUCCACCACAGAGUCAAAACGAAGCCUUCUACACGGCAUCCCGGUCUCAGACCUGGACCGGAACGUUCCGCGAUGCCAUCCAUAUCGCCCGCUCCCUGGGCCCGCAACGUCAGGGGCCGACGCCGACGCCAGGUUGCUAUCCUCUUGAGGGCCAGCCAGCAGUCGAGCCUUGCGUUGUCGAGCUCGAGAAACCCGGGUUUCCAAAUGGUCGGUAUCUUCUCUACGACCAUCGAUAUCGGGACGUUGCAUUUCAGGACAUGCCGCUGCUGAGGCGCGGCUGGGUCGUGCAGGAGCUCUUGCUGGCUUCCCGAGUACUGCACUUUUGCCCGACAGAGAUGUUCUGGGAAUGUUUCGAGCUGACCGCGUCGGAAACGUAUCCAUCGGGCUUGCCACCGAGGAUGCGCGACCCCUGGGUACCGAGAGGCUUGAUCUGGAAGGCUUUCAGGAGCUUGCCGGACCACGCAGAUGGCGGUGCUGCGACGGCAGACGGCAACGGCGCCGUCGCUCUGCAUGACAUGAUGUGGUAUGCAUGGCCACAAAUCGUUCAGUACUACUCAAUAUGCGGCCUCACGUACGCGAGCGACAAAUUAGUGGCAAUAUCCGGAUGCGCCAAGCUGAUUCAGCAAGCCUUCAAGGUCGAUUACCGCGCCGGGCUCUGGGAUCACGAUCUGGAAGACCAACUCCUGUGGGCCGGUAACACUUCAGAACCACGAUAUCCGCCCUGCGCAUACCGCGCACCCACAUGGUCCUGGGCCAGCAUGGACGGGGGCAUUGCGUGGAGCUGGCACGGGAGAGAAGGCAGCCGGUGGAAGCGGGUAGCGAGCACACGGGACUGUCACAUCGAGACACGGACAGAGGACGCCACCGUCGGCAUCGUCAGCGGUUUUCUCCGUCUGUCCGGUUGGCUGAUAACCCUGCAGCUAAGCAGGAUAGACAGGCAAGGUCGUCACUGGAAUGUCUUUGCGAACGGCGCCUGGCAGGACACCGCCGUCUUCAUUAAUCUUGACAGCGACCUUCCGGCAGCUGUCACAGAUCGGGUCCAUGCCCUGCCGAUCGUGGGAGACACGCUGGAGGAUCAACCCGCGAGCAUCUGCUGCCUGUUGCUACAUGCUACCGGACACAAGAGGGGUUGGUUCUACAGAAUAGGCGUCAUGGUAGGGUGCUUGGGGCUGGGGGUCCCGAACAAGGAUUACUCCGCGCUUGCGAAGGUGCGGAAUGAGUCGUGGCUCGAGUAUGAGGCUUGUGACGACGCGGGACUCUUCAGCGUCGUGGUUGUAUGA